AUGCCUCCUACCCACACUUGGCACUAUGACUACCUCCAUUGUGCCUCAGAUGUGCUGCGAGCUGAUCCGAGUCUGUCAGUGGACACAGAAGUUCAGGCCGAAGCUCAGAGUGGAGCUGCACCCACAGCUGAAGGUUACUUCUUAGAGUUUCAAGAGCAGGUCAACAACAUCACUCACUUCCAAGGCCAGACGGCCACGCUGCACUGCAAAGUUGCAGGAAAUCCUCGACCGUCAAUUCGCUGGCUGAAGAACGAUGCCCCUGUGGUUCAGGAACAGGGACGAAUUACCAUCCGGAAGACGGAGACGGGAUCCAAGCUCCGCAUCCAGGACCUGGACACAACGGACACGGGCUAUUAUCAGUGUGUCGCCUCCAACUCACUGAAGGUCAUCUCUGCUACAGGUGUUCUUUACGUCAAACUAGGACAGAUGCCCACGCAUGAACCCGUUGAACCAUCGAGUACUAAAGGUUUCUGUCAGCCGUACAGAGGGAUCGCCUGCGCCCGAUUCAUCGGGAACCAGAGCAUCUACGUUGAGUCUUUGCAGACGCAGGGAGACAGUGAGAACCAGAUCACGGCUGCCUUCACUAUGAUCGGCACCUCUACCCACCUAUCGGAUCAAUGCUCCAAGUUCGCCAUCCCAUCCUUCUGCUACUUUGUCUUCCCGUUGUGUGACGAGGGCGCUAAAGGCCCACAGCGCCGGCAGCUCUGUCGAGACGAGUGCGAAGCCCUGGAGAACAACAUUUGCUAUGCUGAGUACACCAUCGCCAGAUCCAAUCCCAUGAUCCUCAUGCAGCUCGAGCUCCCCAGCUGUCAGCUGCUGCCACCGGCAGGCACACCAGAUGCUGCGAGCUGUAUUAGGCUGGGAGUGCCAGCAGAAAAACUGGGUCCAUAUUCUCCUUCAGAUCACAGCUGCUACAAUGGGAGUGGAGCCGACUACAGAGGGACAGUUGCCGUCACCAAGUCUGGAAACCACUGCCAGCCGUGGAGCGCACAGUUUCCUCACAGUCACCAUCUGUCCCAGGAGUACCCCGAGCUCUGGGGGAGUCACAACUUCUGCCGUAACCCAGGAGGCCAGAUGGAGGCGCCAUGGUGUUUCACUCUGAACCCCCAGCUCAGAGCAGACAUCUGUGACAUCCAGCCUUGCCUGCCUCCAGAGAGCCCAAAGAAGGAGAUCUUGUUUAUUCUAAUCCCUGCCGUUUCCAUUCCACUGGUCAUUGCUGGCUUCUUUUAUCUGGUUUGCAAGUGUCGAAAUAAACAAAAGGCUUCAACGGGGACACCGCCUCGCUGUCAGACCAACAUCUCACCCAGCCAGGACAUGGAGCUGUCUCUCCUCAAUCAGCAUAAGCAUCAGCCGCCAGCCAAGCUCCGGGAGAUCCACCUGUCAGCAGUGAGAUUUAUGGAGGGACUUGGUGAAGAUCGGUAUGGUACGGUCUACAAGGGGCAUCUAUAUGGCACAGCUCCUGGUGAUCAGUCCCAACUAGUAGCCAUCAAGACCCUAAAGGACAAAGCUGAUGCUACUCUGUUUGAGGAGUUCCGUCAAGAAACCAUGGUUCGCUCUCAACUGCAACACCAAAAUGUUGUUAGCUUGAUCGGUUUGGUCACCAAAGAACAGCCAAACAGCAUGAUAUUUACCUAUUCCAGUCUUGGUGACCUGCAUGAGUUCCUCGUGAUGCGCUCCCCCAACUCGGAUGUGGGCAGUUCAGACGAUGGUAAAACAACUAAAUCCACUCUAGAACAGGCGGAUUUUCUCCAUAUUAUCACUCAGAUUGCUGCUGGGAUGGAGUACCUUUCUAGUAACCAAGUGGUCCACAAAGACCUCGCAGCUCGAAAUAUUCUGGUAUUUGACAAACUCAAUGUCAAGGUUUUGGAUCUGGGUCUAUUCAGAGAUGUUUACUCUGCUGAUUACUACAAUCUCAUGGGAACAAGCCCCUUUCCCAUUCGCUGGAUGUCUCCAGAGGCCAUUAUGUACGGAAAGUUCUCCACCGAUUCUGACAUCUGGUCUUAUGGCGUGUUGCUGUGGGAGACAUUCAGCUACGGUCUUCAGCCGUACUGUGGCUACUCCAACCAGGAUGUGAUUGAGAUGGUGCGCAGCCACCAGCUAUUGCUGUGCCCAGACGACUGCCCAGCUUGGAUUUUCACCCUCAUGUUGGAGUGCUGGAACGAGCUGCCAGCAAGGAGGCCUCGCUUCAAAGAUAUUCAUUCACGUCUGCGCUCCUGGGACAAUCUGUCUAUUUACAAUAGCCCUGCCCAGACAUCUGGGACCAGCAACACUACCCAAACCAGUUCUCUCAGCACCAGCCCUGUUAGCAACAUUAGCAUGAGCAUGACAAACGCAUCGAGGUACACCAGCCCCAAAAAGAGCUCGCCAUUCAAUCAACCCCAGUUUAUGUCAGUAAAGGGUCAAAUGCACCGGCCAAUAAUGUCUCCACAGCUCUUCAUCCCUGUCAACGGAUACCAUCCUUUACCAGCUUACCCAUACCUGCAGAACUAUUACCCCAUGCAAAUACCAGUGGCAAUGCCCCAGCAGCAGAUCCACCACCCACCACAAGUUACCAAAGCUGGUUCCCACCACAGUGGCAGUGGAUCCACAUCUACAGGUUACGUCACCACCCUCCCUUCCAACACCUCUGCCACAGAGCGAUCUGCGUUGCUAAACGAAGACUCCAGAGCCGACCACAAAGACUCGGCUGGCAGAGCAUCCCAGGAAGAGCCAGUUCAAAAUAAAAGCUUUUCAGUGACUGAAACAGAACUGCUUGGUGACAACGAGAGUCCUCAAACAGACGAACAGAUAAUCAAAUCAUCGGACACAUGAGCGUGGAGCUGUUUGGACAGUGGAGCUGAGCUUUUCUGAAAACUGCUUGUCAGAUCA